GCGCUCAGCGUGACGCGUUCUGUCAGAAGUGGCAGCAGCGUUAUCGCACAGUGUGGCCUGAGGAGACUGCGGUCAUGGAGCUGCUCACCUGCUGUGUGGUCCUGGCGCUCGGCUGCCUCCUGUACUUCGUCGUUCAGUUCGUCAGGCUGAUGAAAGCCGAUGCAGAUUUAACUUUGCUGUGGGCUGAACGCUUUGGCAGUUCCCCAGAAAGUAAGCUGCGUGGUAGCGUUGUCUGGGUCACCGGUGCGUCCAGCGGUAUCGGCGAAGAAUUAUGUUACCAGCUCGUAAAAUUAGGUGCCUCAGUAAUCCUUUCUGCCAGAAGAGAAGCGGAACUGUUGAGAGUGAAAAAGAAGUGUCUUGAGAUUAGCAGUUUGGAAGAGAAAGAUCUGUUAGUUAUUCCUCUCGAUCUGACUGAUUUCAGUACGCACAAGUCUGCAACGGACAAGGUCAUCCAACAUUUCGGAAGAAUUGACAUCCUAGUGAAUAACAGUGGACGGUCCCAGCGCUCUCUGUUUGUGGAUACAGACCUGAAUGUUUUUCAGGGAUUGAUGGAGCUUAAUUAUAUAGGGACGGUUUCCAUAACGAAGCACGUCCUACCUCACAUGAUUGAGAGGAAGAAAGGAAAGAUCGUCACCAUCAGCAGCUUUACAGGCCUGGUCGGAGUGCCCCUGUCCUCUGGAUAUGCCGCCAGCAAGCACGCAGUGCAGGGGUUUUUUAAUAGCCUGAGAAUUGAGCUGGGAACUUAUCCAGAUAUUGCAGUCAUUAAUAUAUGCCCAGGACCUGUGCAAUCAAAGAUUGUAGAAAAUGCUUGUACUGAACGGUUUGCAAAGUCUGUGGAAGCACAAGCGGAUCAAACGUACAAGAUGCCGACAGACCGCUGCGUCCGUCUUAUUUUGGCUUCGGCUGCAAAUGACCUGAAGGAAGCCUGGAUUUCAGAGCAGCCCUAUUUAAUUAUGUAUUACAUCUGUCAGUAUGCUCCCACAUGGGGAUUUUGGAUUUUGCAGAAAGUUGGUCAGAAGAGAAUACAGAACUUUAAAAGUGGAAUAGAUGCAGAUUCUUCUUUCACAUUUUCAAAGAAAACCUCCUAAUAGAAAAUUCUUUGGGUUCAUCAAUAUGAGAAGCAGAGCUGCCUUGCGCCUAUAAAGAAGAAUGUAACGCCCAAUCAAGACCACAGGCUUUGCCACAAAUUGUACUUAUUGACUUCUCUAAUUUUUUUGCAUUUCUGGUGAGGGAGAGCAUCAGUGCACUAAGAAAAGGUAAGUGACCCCUUUGGAAUUAUCUAGAGAUCUGCACUGAUUAAUAAUCAAAUGUGGUCACAAUUAUAGACCAACACAACCUAAUUAAACUAAACUAAUAACACACAAGCAGUUGUACCUUUUUAAUGCCUGUUUUUUUGCAGUAAACCUAUGUGUUAAUGACUUCUCCAAGAGCUAAUCGGCUACAGGUGCUCCAUUUAAAGGGACACUGUCACCUGGAUUUCACUUACUGAGCUAUUAACAUCACUACAUCAGUCUCCACGAUUUACAUUAAAAUAUACUAGUAUUACUACUCUGU